AUGGAGAUUAAUUUGACUUAUGGAGUAAUCAAGAAGAUAAUUGAUGGAGAAAUGGAGGGCAAAGCAGACAUGAUUCCGGUUAUGCAAGUGACGGAAAUGAGAUCGGUUAAGGCGGAGUCUCGAGGUACAACGACGGAGAGGUUUAGAGUGAUUUUAUCAUAUGGGAUUUACUUGCAUCAAGGAAUGCUCGAGAGUGAUUUUAACAAAGUUGAGGUUUGUUUGGAAGAGAAAGAUAUGGAGGAUGGUUUGUUUAAGGUUNCGAAUCUUGAAGAAGUUANCNNAAUUUUGAUUCNUCAUACGCCGGAAAANCUUAANGAGCUUAUUANAUUNUCUUUCGUUAAACCAAUUAAAGGUGUUCUUUCGUUUUUCUCUCUGGGAUUUUAUCGAUGUGAGUUUGUUUUGUUUGUGUAA